UAUUUAAUCCUCGAGAUGUGUCACUGUGAGUGUCACACAGUCCAGAGAUUACUGGUGACAGGUAGUGCACAACCGACGGUUCCCACAAGCACUUUAUUUUGAACUAGGCACUUUUGAACUAGGCACCGAUGUCUGAACAACAACUUAUUUCAUGCAGCCGGCUACACGUUUUCUCCUGCCGGGUGUACACAGCUUGUUGAAUCAAAUUGAAAAGUAAGAUUUAAAAAAUGGAAGAUAUAUUAUUUGACUUGGAUCAAGAUGGCACCACAGACUUUGCCUUCUGGGGCCAGAUGGACCCUAACUUCCAGUUCCAGGCCCAGUUGGACACUCUCCUCUUUGACUGCACCGCGGUCACGGGCCAGCUUUCGCCCUGGUCCUCGUUCGGUGGCCAGUCCAUGUUCCCUGACACACAGAUGACCUUCACCGACCUGGACUCGCAGUCUCCCGGCCUUGGAGCCAGUGCUGAAGUGGACAGCUCCUCUGUGGACGAGCCCCAUGAGAUGAGCAAGCGCAGGCAGCGGCGGUUCGUGCCCCAUCAUCCGUACAAGAUCCAGCGACACGCCGCUAACAUCCGGGAGAGGAAGAGGAUGCUGAGUAUCAAUUCUGCGUUCGAAGAGCUAAGGUGCCACGUGCCAACAUUUCCCUACGAGAAGCGCCUGUCUAAGAUUGAUACACUGAGAUUGGCCAUUGCCUACAUUGCCCUCCUGAGAGAGAUACUGAUUUCGGGCUGCGACCCCAAGUCGUACGUGGACGAAUGCAUGAAGAAUGGUUACAAGAAUCAAACCAAUGCCAUUUGGAACACAAGCGAUCUGACAGCCCGGCUCUCCUGGAUAAAGUGGGAUUAACUCAGGAUGGAGCAACCCAAAGUACGUUGGACAGGGGGCUGCUGGCGGGGGAUUUAUAACCCCCUUCUGUCUUUGUUUCAAUGACAACAUCACAUCAGGGGCUGAGUGACAUCUGCGGACUUCAUAUCAGUUCAUGCACCUUUCUCUGCAGCGAGCCACUCCCCUCACAGGCUUUAAUAUUUGAAUGUGGUAAUAUUCGAUUGGUAAUGGAGUGGCAGUGUUUUUCUGGAGUUGCCUGUUGUUUUACAGGGGAUGGGGGACCGGGGCCAGACUUAAGCCCAUGGGGAUGGCAUUUCUCAUAGGGGACAGAAGCAGCUUGGCAUGGGACCGAACGAACCUUGGUCAAACCAUUUUUUCUGAGUGUAAUACUGAAGUGCCCGUGUUUUCAUUUGAAACCUUUAGCUGUUGUUCAUUGUGUGUGACACACACAUUUCCCGUAAGUUAAUUUAACCUAAUUAAUUGAUGUAUUUAUUUCAUUUGUUUCUUUAUUUAUUAAUCAUCGAAGAAGAAGAAAAAUGUUGUUAUUAUUAUAAUUAUUUAUUUAACUGUUUUCAUUUUGAUGUGGCGGGCUGUUUAAACUGUAUCUUCAAUCAAUUGACAAUCAUACAUGAUUUAUUAUGUUGUCAAAUGGAACAUUUUGAUAUUCAUGAUACUUAUUAUGAAUAUGUGUUGUUUUUUAAGUGUCUGUGAGUAUAUUGCGGUGAAACUGUAAGGACUGGUGAAUGGAUUUGUACUCAAUGGCAAAUCAGGGAAUUUCUAACACACUGGCCUUGUGCGAAUGCCCAUACCUGCAUUCUAAAUAGUAUUCAAUUUGAGCAGUGGUGUAGAGGUGCCUGUAGAAGUGGGUAUACUCUAAUUUUGUCCAAAAUCUCCCAAACAGCCCGCUGGGCGAAGGGAAGGGACCCUGUGUGAAAAAUUCUAAUGACAAACAGUGACACAUACUCUGAAUGGCCUAAAAUGAAAAUUCCCAUAUUGUGCAAGUAGUCUAAUACAGUAGGAGGGCUACUACUGAAAUAGAUAAAUUAGACUUUCAUCAGUCAGAAGUUCACAGGUUUCAGAUUUCCCACAUUUGUUUCAGCUUUUCACACUCAAAUCACACUUUUAAUAGAAUAACAAGAAAAUUGGGGCCCCCUGAGUGGCGCAGUGGUCUAAGGCACUGCAUCACAAUGCUAGAGGCGAUACUGCAGAUCCGGGUUUGAACCCGGGCUGUGUCACAGCCGGCCGCGAUCCGCUGACGCAUGCACUAUUGUCCCAGUGUCGUCUUGGUUAGGAGCGGGUUUGUUUGGCCGGGAUGUCCUUGUCCCAUCGUGCUCUAGCGACUCCACGUGGCAGCCGGGUGCAUGCACGCUGACUUUGGUCGCCAGCUGUACAGUGUUUCCUCCGACACAUUGUUGCGGCUGGCUUCCGGGUUAAGCGAGCAUGUGUCAAGAAACAGUGUGGAUUGGCUGGGUCGUGCAACUCCGUACAGGAGUUGGUACAAUACUGUAACUACCAAUUGGAUAUCAUGAAAUUGGGGUAAAAAGUACAAUUUAUUAUUAUUUUUAUGUUCUAAGUCCACAAAAAUUCUUAAACCACAUAAUUUCAUACAUUUUGAUUUUUGAGUGAAGCUACACUUUAAUUCAACUGUGCAGGCAAAUAAUCAUGAUAUCAUUCUGCAAGGUAGGCAUAGGCUACUUUGUAGCUAGUGCAUUCGGAAAGUAUUCA